CGCCUUCCAUCACUACACCAUUCCCGCACCCCCAUCAUCAGCCAUGGCUGCUCUCUCCUCCAUUCGUGCGCCUCCAUUGCUUCGUGCAGCUCACUCCUCCUUAUUUUCCUCGCCAUCAGUCGCGUCCUGCCGCUUCGUUCCUUCACGCUUCUCUUCCCCUCGCAAGCUCUCCUCCGCGCGACGGCUUCUCCCCUCCCUUGCGCCCCCCGCCUGUCCUCGCGCGCUGCAGCAUUCCGCUUCCGCUGUUAGCGCCGACCGACCAGCGGAGCCCACCUCCCCCGCCCUCCGCACUCCCCAAGGCACGUGCGCGCGAAUUCUGGACUCCGCACACGCUACCGCCGCGACUAUCGCGAAUGGCGCGAAUGCCAAUGCUGCGCGGACGCUAACGCGGAUAGGCUCGAGCUUGUGCGCGGGGUUGGCAAUGGGCGUGCCUGGUGCUGCGGUGGCGUUAGGUACUGACCCGUGGAACGAGGCGGGGGAGAGCCUGCUGCUGGACCUGGAAACGCCCUACUCUCCUGAUGCCGCGGGUUUCAUCCCCUUCGUCAUUGCGUUUGUGGUUCUGUUCUGGGUGAGCAACUACGUGGCGCCCUAUUUCAUCUUUAAAGACACGGUGUUCCGAGAGGGGGCGGAGGAGGGAGCGGAGGAGGGCAGCUCUGACUCCAGCAGCAGAGGGAGCAGCAGCAGCAGUCAAGGGGAGGGGAAGGGGUUUGGCAGGAAGUGACUGCAAGCACGGCGCCCUGCAUGCGUUGUUGCCUCAUCAGGUGCAAUGCUAGCGAGGAAGCAGCCUUAGAACCCGGAU